UCCAUCUAUGGUGGAAUCUUUGAUGGACAAGGUGAUGGUCUUUGGGAUUGCAAAACCUCUGGCAAGAAUUGUCCUGAAGGCACUACGGCACUGGCCUUUUACAACUCAAACAACAUCAUAAUCAGUGGAGUAACUGCACAAAAUAGCCAAAUGUUUCACAUUUUGGUAGAUGGAUGCAAAAACGUAAAGCUACAAGGAGUGAAGGUCUCAGCUCCAGGAAAUAGCCCUAACACCGAUGGAAUUCACGUACAAUUAUCGACUGAAGUCAGUAUUAUGAACUGUCAUAUUGGUACUGGAGAUGAUUGUAUUUCAAUUGGCCCUGGAAAUUCCAACUUAUGGAUCGAAGGCAUUGCUUGUGGCCCUGGCCACGGAAUCAGCAUUGGAAGCUUAGGUUGGAAAUUACAAGAGCCUGGAGUCCAAAAUGUAACAGUAAAGAGUGUUACCUUCACUGGAACAGAAAAUGGUGUAAGAGUAAAAACUUGGGCAAGGCCUAGCAAUGGCUUUGUAAGAGGUGUUCGCUUUCAACAUAUAGUUAUGACUGAUGUUCAAAAUCCUAUUAUCAUAGACCAAAAUUACUGCCCUAAUCAUGAAAGUUGUCCUCAUCAGGGAUCGGGCGUAAAAAUAAGUGAUAUAACGUAUCAAGACAUACAUGGAACAUCAGCUACAGAAGUUGGAGUAAAAUUUGAUUGUAGCAAAGUGAAUCCAUGCAGUGGAAUAACACUUGAAAAUGUGAAUCUAAGUUACAAAAAUCAUCCAGCUGAAGCUUCAUGUGUUAAUGCUGGUGGAAGAGCUUCUGGUUUAGAACAACCUACAAGCUGCUUAUAAGAAAAGAGUACCUGUUUGUAUAAUAUUAUACUAAAUGAAAAUAAAGUUGUGAUUAUUUUAUAAAGAACAUUCAAUAUGUUAAAAAUUCAUGCAAUAUGUACCUAGAAAAAGAAAAGAGAAUGUAUCUUGAAAUUUUUUUAUUAUACUUUUUUCAGUUUUUUAUCUUUAUACCUCAUGUAACAAUGCUGUACCUACGAUUUAUGAAAUGUACAACACUUAGCAUGUGUCUA